GCCCCCUAGCGUCGCCAAAGCGCAGCUGCAGGUUCCCUGAGCCGGGCUCUCCCUGACGUGGCGGGCCGCUAAAGGUCCAUUAACUCCUCCGUGGGCCGCCCUGAUUGGGCAGAGCACCUGUUUUGGGAAGUUUUUUUAAAUACUGUAAUAAAUACACAGGUGGCGCCGGCAUGUGUUGACGUUUAUGUAAAUAAAACAGAAGUGAAACUUUGUUUUUUCCAGCCGCAACCAACCUUCCGCGACAUAAUGUUGAGCAGAUAGCAGGAGGAAAGGUUGGAUUUCAGAGAAACAGGAGCGCCUCCAGCUGCGGCCAUGCCCCAGAUGAGCGCCGCCGCAGCGCUGCAGCUCUGCCUGCUGCUCUCCGCUCUGCCCGCGCAGUACUUCAUCUCCCGCUGGUGCGGCUCCACGGCCACGCAGCGCUACCACGCAACCACGCGGUUGCUUCGCAUAUGGAACCAGUGGAGAACUUCAUUCCUUAACGCUACAGCUUGGGCUGACUGGACCAACCAGCAAUUUUCCAAAGUGAAGUCUCUGAUUGGUUUGGGACAAGAAGGUGAACCAGUGUCUCCACCAGUAGAGACUAUGAUAUUUGAUAAUGACCAGGGAUUCUUUGGAGCCUCCAAAGCAGUGCGCAGCCCUCGCCCCCCGUUUGUGUUUCUGCGGGUAGGGGAGGUGGUGAUGGAGAGGAGGGGCCACAUGAUUGGAGUGGUUGUGAGCUGGGACCCGGAGCUGCGAGCCCCUAAGGAGUGGGUGGACAAAAUGUACUCUAACUCUGAGGACACAAAGGCAGAGAAGACGCCGCAUUACAAGGUGCUGUUUGGCGGGUCUGGACCGUCCUCUCUGAUGGUUGCAUACUUGCCUCAAACACAGCUGGAGCGCAUCACAGGAAUGAGGCCGGAUAUUCCCACCCUGGGGAACUACUUCACGCAUUUUGACGGGAAGCGGUUCGUCAUGCAGGACUGGCUCAGAGAGCUCUUCCCAGAGGACGACGUUGAGGACAGCUGACGGAGACUGCGUUAUCUCCAUAAAUGUGCUUCACAGCCUGAUGUUUUAGACGGCGGUGAAGUUUCCUUAAGGCCAGUAUUGAACUUAAACACCACAGGGUGUGUAAAUCAGGGAUACACACUGAAUCUCUCCUCACGGGGACUCAGUGUGAGAAUGUUUAUUUUUGGAGGUAUAGAUUAUUUUAUUCUAAUUUGUGCAGAUGAUCAUUUUAAAUGAAUUCCAUAAAAACUUCAAAUUUCUGUUAAAAUUCCCACUAAAUGCUUGAAAUCAACUUUUAAGAAUCCAUUUACAGGACUGUCUCUGCUUUGGGGAAAAAAAAAAAUUUACACUUCUGUCCAAGCAUGGAAAUUGUGCAAUAAAGUGUUUUUGUUUUUAAA